AUGUCCGAAUUCAUUUGCUCACUCAUCAUGGGCGUCAAAUUCGAGCUCACAGCCCGCUACUCGGAUCCACUACCAGUUGAGCUAGAUGCCUUUGGGCUGAUAUGCUCGGCCAAGGAUCGUAUUCAGAACAAGCUGGUUGCUGUCAAGAAAAUUGCGAAACCAUUUGAGUCUUCUUCGCUGGCGAAGAGCGCUCUUCGGGAAGUCAAACUUCUCAGAUAUAUGCGCCACGAAAAUGUGAAUCUCCCUAUAAUUGGUCUUGCGGACGUCUUUAUUUCACCGAAAGAAGAUCUAUACAUUGUGACAGACUUGAUGUGGACCAAUCUCCAAGUCCUGAUUGCAAAAGGACCUAUCCACAGCGAUUUCUCCAAAUGUUUUAUAUAUCAAAUUUUGCGUGGAUUGAAAUACGUCCAUUCAGCUGGCAUCAUCCACCGCGACCUCAAGCCAACCAGCAUACUAAUUGAUGAAAAUUGUGACCUAAGAAUAUGUGAUUUCGGGCAUGCUCGAAUCCAAGACUAUAAGAUGACCGGAUACGUCGCAACCCGAUACUAUCGCGCGCCUGAGAUCAUGCUCAACUGGCAAGAAUAUUCGGAAAAAGUGGAUAUCUGGAGCACUGCAUGCAUUCUGGCAGAGAUGCUGAGAGGAACUCCUCUCUUUCCAGCCACAGGACAUACUGAUCAAUUUAAUCUCUUCGUCAAACUUCUCGGCAAUCCCACAGACCGGACUGUGGAAAAAAUCAAGAACAAAAGCUGUAAACAAGAGCCGCUGGCAGACGUUUUUCCUGAAAUGGACCGAGAUGCCAUUGAUAUGCUUGAGAAAAUGCUUUCCUUCGACGUCGACGAGCGCAUCAGUGCCGAGACUGCGCUGUCUCACCCAUAUGUAGCGACGUACCAUGACCCUACUGACGAGCCGGUCGUGGACUCACAAUUCGACUGGGGAUUUGAUAAUAUUGAAGGAAGCACAAGUUCCUGGAAGACUGCAGUCUUCAAAGAGGUGCUGUUCUUCCGCCAGCAGGCCUUGCACAGAAGACAACAACAAAUCAGUCUUCGUGAUGCGAUCAUCAAUGCAACUAAAGGCCAUGCGCCCCUGCCUGAGCCGGAACCAGUCACGGUUUUCCCAAUUACUGAAAUCCCUGAAUUUACCAUGGAUGAACAAAACGGCUUCUCCGAUGAUAUUUCGGCGUUUAUUCACGACUUCAAUUAG